AUGGGUGAAGAAGAAAAACAAGAAGCAACCAAAACUGAGUCUAAACCAGAGGAAAAUCCAGCAGAAGAGAAUAGAGGGAAACAAGAAAAAAACUCAGCAGAGGAGAAGAAAGAAUCUAAACCAUCAUCUCCGUGUGUGUUGUUUGUUGACUUACAUUGUAUAGGAUGCGCCAAGAAAAUUAAAAAAUAUAUUAUGAAAAUGAGAGGAGUUGAGGCAGUGGUGAUUGACAUGGCUAAAAAUGAAGUGACCAUAAGAGGAAUAGUGGAGCCUCAAGCAAUCUGCAACAUAAUUACUAAGAAAACAAAGAAAAGAGCACAAGUUAUAUCACCACUGCCAGCACCAGAAGGAGAACCUCUACCAAAAGUUGUUACUUCUCAGGCUAGUGAACCAGUUACUGUGGAACUUAUCUUAAACAUGCAUUGUGAGGCCUGUGCUCAGCAGCUCAAGCGGAAGAUACUCAAAAUGAGAGGAGUUCAAACAGCAAUGGCAGAGUUUAGUACAGGGAAGGUUAUUGUGAGAGGGACCAUGGAUGCAAACAAGCUAGUGGAUUAUGUUUAUAGACGCACCAAAAAACAGGUCAAAAUAGUUCCCCAGCCAGAACCAGAACCAAAACCAGAACCAGAACCAGAACCUGAACAUGAACCAGAACCAGAACCAGAAAAGAAAGAAGAAAAGAAAGAAUUAGAGAACCCUGGAGCAGAAGAGACCAAACCUGUAGAGGAUAAAGAAGAAAACGAGGAGAAGAAAGAAGAGGAGAAACCGUCAGAGGAACCUAAGAAAGAAGAAGAGAAACCAGCGGAGGAGGCAAAGAAAGAAGAAGGUGGCAAUGAUGACAGUAAAAAAGAGAAAGGCAUUGAAGAAGAAGCAGCGAAGAAAGAAGUGGUUGGUGAUGAGAAUGGAGUGGUGGUUAACGUUAACGUUGAUGAUGAAAGCAUGAAGAGGAUGAUGUACUAUUACUCUUACCCACCACUCUAUGUCAUUGAACCAACCCCACCCCCUCAGCUAUUCAGUGAUGAAAAUCCCAAUGCAUGCUGCAUUUCCUGA